AUGGGAUUUAUUUCUGCAUUAUUUUGUUGUUCUUCUAAUUCUACCACAGACUCGAUAACUACUAAGCAAAUUACUUCGCAAAACAAUAAUAGGGAUACGAGUAACACCGACCCGGAAAAAUAUCACCAAAACGUAAAGAUGAUGACCUAUAACAAUACUACUACAUUGACACCCGAGCGUGACAGCUCUUUGAAUAAACAUAACAACAGCUCCUCGCCUCAGAUAGCUGACAUUAACGCAUCUAAGCGACCUCGAACUACUCCUGACAUAUCAGCGAAUCCACAGAAUAACAACAUACCACAGGUUAAUGUGCCGGACGAUGCUCUAUCGCGGUCUUCUUCUGAUAGUGGGCAGCAAAGAAUACUGAAGGGUUCGUGGACCAUUGGUGGUGAAGAUGAAAAAAUGGACGAUCACACUCAUUUGAAAAUACAUGGAGAUGAAGAUAUGGGCGAGAUGUCAAAUGAGAAGACGACGAUUAAUGAAAGCAAUAGCGAGUUGGAUAGAAGUACACAGUCGUCAAGUGAAAUGACCUAUCAGCCAACCGACAACCAGGGUGGCAUCAUCACAAGUGUCUAUGAUAACGAUGUUGAUAUGGAUAGAGACGUUACACCACCAUAUGACGAACCUUAUGUAGAUCUUGCAGCAUUACAGGAAGACCAAUAUCAUGCUCCAGGGUAUAACACACUACUACCACCCCAGACUGAACAGUUCAAAGGAAAGAAGUGCCUAGUUCUAGAUCUGGAUGAAACGCUAGUGCAUUCUUCUUUCAAAUAUUUAAGGACAGCAGAUUUUGUCUUACCAGUGAAUAUUGACGAUCAGGUUCACAAUGUGUAUGUAAUAAAGCGACCUGGUGUGGAUGAGUUUUUGAAACGGGUGGGUGAACUUUACGAAGUAGUCGUUUUCACAGCUAGUGUGGCAAGGUAUGGUGAUCCCCUCCUGGAUAUACUGGACCAGCAUAAGUCUAUUCAUCAUAGACUAUUUAGAGAAGCAUGUUACAACUAUGAAGGUAAUUAUAUUAAGAAUCUGUCUCAAAUUGGACGGCCUUUAUCUGAGAUAAUUAUUUUAGAUAAUUCUCCAGCAUCAUAUAUUUUCCAUCCACAACAUGCCAUUCCAGUUUCGUCUUGGUUUUCAGACUCGCAUGAUAAUGAAUUAAUUGACAUUGUACCACUAUUAGAAGAUCUAUCUAGUAAUUCAGUACUAGAUGUCGGAAAGGUACUAGAUGUUACAAUCUAA